GCUUCGAGCGAUUGCGAGAAAGAGAUAGAGAGAGAGAGAGUGGGAGAAGGACCUCUGUGAAACCCUAAAAUCUCAAUCUCCCUGUCGCCGUCGUCUCCUCCGUCAAAGCGUUGCCGGUGCAGAGUUAUGAAUGGAGGACGAGGUGAUCGUGGAGCCUAUGAAUUCGUUGACCUCUCAGAGUGACGAUUUCAUUCAGAUUGUUAAGAUAACGCUUUAAAUCUUCUGCUUCUGCGUCGUCUUCCACUGCGGAUUGUGCUGCUGGUUCUGCUUUUCCUCCAGCGGCUUGAAGCACUCAGAGUGCGGUUUGGGCGCGGAUUCGGUAGUGCGGGUUCAUAGUUUGAAAGAGAAGGGCAAGAUCCUUGAGGUACUGAAAAAUUGGCCUGAGAGGAGUAUUCAAGUUAUUGUUGUCACAGAUGGCGAGCGAAUUUUAGGACUCAGAGACCUUGGAUGUCAGGGAAUGGGAAUUCCUGUUGGAAAAUUAGAUUUGUACACAGCACUAGGAGGGCUUCGUCCAUCAGCAGAAUAUUCUGAACUUUUGAGUGAGUUCAUGGCUGCUGUAAAGCAAAACUAUGGGGAAAAAGUUCUUGUGCAGUUUGAAGAUUUUGCAAAUCACAAUGCUUUUGAGUUGAUUGCGAAAUACGGCACAUCUCAUCUAGUCUUCAAUGAUGAUAUUCAGGGGACUGCAUCUGUUGUUCUUGCCAGGGUUGUGACAGCAUUGAAGCUGAUUAGUGGAACUUUGGCUGACCACACUUUCUUGUUCCUCGGUGCCGGCGAGGCAGGAACUGGAAUAGCAGAACUUAUAGCUAUUGAGAUGUCAAAGCAGACAAAAGAAACCGAUAGAGGAAACUCGCAAGAAGAUAUGGCUUGUAGACUCAAAGGGCCUUCAGGUUGGUCUUAACCUUGCAUUAGCCAUUGCUUUGCACAAUAUCCCAAAGGGUAUUGCUAUUGCACUUCUUGUUUAUUUUGCAACAGAGAGGUAAUAAAUUCUGGAUCUUUUUCUCUUGUUAGUUAAAUCUAUGGUUUAUGACGUAGACUUUUAUAUCAAAUAUCACACAUCUAGCAACAACCAUUAAUUUGAGGAUGCAUGGUUCUUGAUUAGUAAAUGACAGGCAUUGAAAUUGGCAUCAUUUUGUGGUUUGUGUGCAAUUAGCAAUAUGAUAUGUUAUGUUGUGUUGAUAGUAAUUAUUGUUGAUUGCAUUAAACAUAAUACCCAGUUGGUGGAGUAAUGGCAUUUCUAACACUUCAUGAAAUGCUGCCAUUGGCUUUUGAUUAUGCUGGACAAAAAUGUGCAAAGUAGUAUUAGUUUUGAGAUUCAAGAUAACACGGGACAAGCACUGUGCACUACUACUGUUGUUAUCAGAGAAAAGAGUUUAGCAUCUUAAAUAUCUAAAAAAAUGGUAUUAGUUUCUGUUCUUUUUUAUCUACUUAUCUUGUAGAGAUUAGGUUGUAAUGUGUACUUUUGACUUACCACACUGCUGGUGUAGUAUUAAGUUAUGGUUAUAUAUAUUUGUGUAGUUAUGGUUGAUUUCUGUGCUUAGUAAUGUGGCUAGUUAUGUACUUCUUUUCU